GUGUUAUUUCGCGUCUCGGCCUCUAUUUUCGCUCUUCAGAUCUGGUUGUCGCUGCUACUUUGCUCUCUAAGCAUCAACGCCAAGAGCGGAAAACAUGUCACAGCCCCGGAAGCCGGAACAUUGAAAACGCCAAUUGUCGUGCCGUCUAACCCGCCAGGCUAAACGCUGCAUAUGACGGGAAUCGGAAUGACUUACACGGCUACAACAAGCAUAAUUCUCCCCAUGCCAUCAUGCCAUAAAUCACCAUGGAUCUGGGUAUAAGUAUAUCUGCCUCUUCGUCCACACUCCACAUUCCCAGACCAGUCUACAAUUCUACUCAGUACACAAGUCCCGAACAAAGACCUCGCAUCCUUUCUCACUCAGAACACACGUCCAACUCUCACUUUCACCAUGUCGACAACUGAAAUCCCCAACGGCCAUCGCAAGGUCAUUGUCAACACCGGAGCCAAGAAUGUCUCUUUCUAUACCCCCAUCCAGGAUCCUCCUGCGGGAACACCAUGGGAUCCCCAGCCAGAAGGCACCCUCUUCUCUCCUCUCAAACUUCGAAACCUCACCCUCCGCAACCGCAUCAUUGUGUCUCCUAUGUGCCAGUACUCUGCUAAGGAUGGCUAUAUGACGCCCUGGCACAAGCAGCACCUCGGCAGUUUUGCAGCCCGUGGUGCUUCACUCGUCAUUACUGAAGUCCACGCCGUCUCGCCCGAGGGCCGUAUUAGCCCUCAGGAUGCAGGCAUCUGGGAAGAUGGACAGAUGGUGCCCUUGAAAGAGGUUGUCGAGUUUGUGCACAGCCAGAACAGCAAGAUCGCUAUCCAGAUGGGACAUGCUGGAAGAAAGGCGAGCACAGUCGCGCCUUGGCUUGAUCGCAAGGCCGUGGCCGUCAAGGAGGCCGACGGCUGGCCAGACGAAGUUGUUGCAGCGAGUGCCAUUCCUUUCAGUCCAGAGACUUUGGUCCCCAAGGAGAUAACCGCAGAGGGCAUUGCCAAGUUCAAGCGGGACUGGGCUGCCGCCGUCAAGAGAGCACUCGUGGUUGGCUUUGACGCCAUCGAGAUUCACGCCGCUCAUGGCUACCUUCUCAACUCUUUCCUCUCGCCGGCCUCCAACCAGCGAACAGAUGAAUAUGGCGGCUCUUUUGAGAACCGAACCCGUCUUCUCAUCGAAAUCGUCCAACUCACUCGCACUAUCGUCCCUGCAGACUUCCCUCUGCUAGUCCGCAUGCCUGGUACGGACUACCUUGACUUUGAUCCCUCCUUGCCACAGUGGCAUAUCGAGGAAGCUGGCAAGCUGGGCAAAAUCUUGGCGGGCGAGGGUGUAGAUCUUCUCGACAUCUCGGGCGGCGGUCUGGACAGCCGACAGAAGAUCACCGCCGGCCCUGGAUAUCAAGUCCCCUGGGCUGCGGCCGUGAAGAAGGCUGUUGAGGGAACUGGGAUCCAGGUGACUGCCGUGGGCAGCAUCACUUCUGGGAAGCAGGCUCAGGGGUAUCUUAGCGAUGGCUCUGUCGACGCUGUGCUGGUUGGCCGUGGGUUCCUCAAGGACCCCAACCUUGUGUGGCACUGGGCUGACGAGCUGGAUAUCGACAUUCAUGUUGCGGCUCAAUAUGGAUGGGGUUUUGGUAUGACCCGUACACACCGACACAAGAGGCAUUGAACUUGGAACUAGAGUGCUUCGAGGAUCAUAAUUUUGUUGGCAAUGAUCUCGUUUCUCGAUAUAGGGGCGUUUGGCUUAGAAGAUGGCUAUUCUAGGUUAAUGGAAUCUCACAUGAUAGAAUGAUAGUAGACAAUUUGACCACAUUUUAAUUGACAGAUGGUGUUUGUUUGUC